AGCGCGCCUCGCCGCGCCGGGGGCUUUGCACUCGCCGCCGCAGCGCCGGCGACGGCAGCAGGGCGGGCUCUCGCCCGGGCCAGCGCCUGCCGGCUGGGGAUGCUCGCCCCCUAGGCGGCGGCGGGGGAUGCCGCGAAGCGUGUGACGCUGGGCGGAGGGUCUGGCUGUCGCAGCGCCGGGGCGGGCAGUGCACCGCGCGGGGCUCUCUCGGGGAGGAUGCCCGGAGCGGCGGCGGCGGCGGCAGCCUCGGCAGCGGCGGGGAUGCUGCCGGCUCAGGAGGCGGCCAAGCUCUACCACACCAACUACGUGCGGAACUCGCGGGCCAUCGGGGUGCUCUGGGCCAUCUUCACCAUCUGCUUUGCCAUCGUCAACGUGGUGUGCUUCAUCCAGCCCUACUGGAUCGGCGACGGCGUGGACACCCCGCAGGCGGGCUACUUCGGGCUCUUCCACUACUGCAUCGGCAACGGCUUCUCCCGGGAGCUCACCUGCCGGGGCAGCUUCACGGACUUCUCCAGCCUGCCCGCGCGAGCCUUCAAAGCCGCCUCCUUCUUCAUCGGGCUCUCCAUGACGCUCAUCAUCGCCUGCAUCGUCUGCUUCACCCUCUUCUUCUUCUGCAACACGGCCACCGUCUACAAGAUCUGCGCCUGGAUGCAGCUCACCUCGGCUGCCUGUCUCGUCCUGGGCUGUAUGAUUUUUCCUGAUGGCUGGGAUUCAGAUGAGGUAAAACGGAUGUGUGGUGAAAAGACAGACAAGUACACACUUGGGGCUUGUUCAGUUCGUUGGGCAUAUAUCCUGGCUAUUAUUGGAAUCUUGGAUGCCCUGAUCCUCUCGUUUCUGGCAUUUGUGCUUGGCAACAGACAAGACAGCUUGCUAGCAGAGGAACUCAAGUUGGAAAACAAAGACGAUGGAAAUGCUUAAAACAAACUAAGGUAGUAUGAAACUGACUAAUUCCUGCUACGCCAAUCCUCACUAGAAUGAGCACAAAACAAAAUGAGUAACUGCUUUUGUACAUCAACAUUAAAUGGAAAGAAGCUUGGGAAGGAGCCUUCAAUGGAGAAGAAUGUUGACAAGUGCAAAAAUGCCUGAUUGGUAAGAGCUGCUUUCUAAACAUAGAUCAGCCAGGCAUGGAAGUGAUUUUCUGAAGAGAAAUGCAAUCAUGGAUUACACACCAGCUCAUUAGAAACUGUCACUGAAUACAGCAUUCAGAAGACAUGCAUGAAAAGUCACAUUUAGGGAAUAAAUUAAAAGGGAUGUAGUUGUUGCUAGACAAAACUUAUGUAAUAUAUGCAUUGAAAAGGUUUGUAAACUCAUUUUUUUAUUCAACUGAAAAGCAAAAAGCUUUAAAACCUUUCACAGUAGAGACACAGUUAACUCAAGACUGUUUCUGUUCCAGUAGCCAGGAAACUGAUAGGACAUCACUCUUAAAUAAGCAUUUAGAAAUAGACUCUCUGAAUGUUUCCAUCUCCUAGAGGAAAAAGUAUUACUGCAGCAUUUCUGCACUUUGUUUAUUUCACUGUAUAAUAAAUUGGUUAAAAAUGUAAAGCUUCUCGAUUUUUACUGCAUAUGUCUUCUGUUUCAUUUAUGUCUGUAACAAACUUAUAACUGAAGAAUUAUUUCGGACAUAUAUUGUAGUUCUUUGAAGGCCUAUAUACAAUAAAUUACAUCUUUCUGAAUGUCAUAAUACUGUUGGUUCCCAUGCAACAUAGACUUGCUCCUAGUUAAGGUGGCAAAAUAAAGCCACUUAUUUACAAAACGAAAAGAGAGGGGGAGAAAUUACUUGACACCUGAAAUGUAACACACAGCUGCAGUUAAGCAUUUUUGUAUUUUUUCCUGUUCUAUGUCGUAUAACCACUUAAUGAAAUCCAAUGGCCUGUGUUAUACAGGAGGUCAGAGAAGAUGAGCUAAUGGUCCCAUCUGGCCUUACAAUCUAUGAAUCUGUCUAGUAAACAGGUACAUUUUACGGAAAACUGUGUAAAAGCUCUGAGCCCGAUUCACUGCUAUGCUCUUGCUGCUUUGUGUGGUGUGAAGCAGCUGGAGCACAGCAGUGACUGUGGCCCUUCGCGUUUUAUUUUGCUUAUGUGGUGCGAGAGGCAUGUUACCACCAAGUUGUUCUGACUUCAGUGCAACAUUUUGUUGCUGUUCAUAAGGUUCCUUGCCAGGCAAACUCAUUCUGGAAAGGAAUUGAAUAGUAAGAGCAGUCUGAGGCCUGGGAUGUGAUCAGAUAAUUAUUCUAGAGAGGAGUAUUUUAGAAGUGAGCAGCCUUUGUGUUCCCUGAUGCAAUUCUAAGUUUGGGACAUUUGGAACGCCACUAUUAUACUUGCUGGCAUUCAGAAAAAGUAGCUAGAAUAACAAUUGAUUAUUAUUACAGGCCCCAAAUAACAAAUAGCUCUCGAAGAGGGACAGAGAUAAAACAUGCUUUUAACUUCUGGUUGUAAAUGAGCCACUGCAAAACAAAACUCUUCUGCAUCUAAGUGCAUGAAUCUCAGUUAUGCUUCUUUGGCUGAAGACAGUCUGUGACCAAACUGUCAAUAAAUAAUGACUAGUUAUUAAAUAGCAAUUUUAGCUGUUUGUCAAGGUACCUAUAUGGCCCUGAUCACUAUACUAACUGAACACCUAACAUAUAUGCUUGCCAAAUAAGUUUACAGAUAAAUUUGGGUGGGAUUUUCAAACACUCUGUCCCUUAGCCAAGUCUGCAUCCAUUGUAGCCAAUGGGAGUUUCCACUGACUUCAGUGGAUGCUGAGCACUUUUGAAAGUCGCACCCAAAAGUUGUCCGCCAACAUAAAUCUAUUCCUAGUCUCUGUCACCAAAAUAAAGAGGAAGGGUAUAACAAAAGUGACUUACGUGAGUGGGGUCAGAAGCUCAUUAAGCCCCCAAUUCAGCAAGGUAUUUAAGCAUGUGAGUAAUCCCCCUGAAAUCAAUGGGACAACUCACAUGCUCAAAAUUAGGCACAUUUAGGCCCUCCUUGCUAAAUGGGGUCUUAAUAAAGUUUGUCAUCAUUUACCAGUGUUGGUAUAUCAUAGGCACAUUUUAUUCUCAAAAGUUUGUAAAGAGGUUUACCUGAAUGUGCUACAGUAUCGUUGUAAUCAUUUAAGCCAGGGGUUACAUUGUAUUCUCGGAUUAUUGCAGUCAUGAUAUUUUUUUCCUGCAAUAGAAACUACAUUAAUUGGGUUUCUCUGUGCCAUGCAAUUUUGUUACUGCCUACUGAGUUUUGCAUCAUAGUGAUUGUAUCAC